GACACGGCCAGAGUACUGAGAGAUAUCUGGUAUUGAUGUAACUGGAGUGAAUAAGGGAGCCUGUUAUCAGCAUGGACUCAUAUGUGUUAGACAAACAAGUCAAUAGUUCAUAUGUAUCCGUCACUACAGGAAGCAUCAGAAUGAUACCGCAAACUGCAAUAGUCUUAGACACUAAUGACUAUUCACAAACAUUGGGAAAAUCACAGCAGAAAGUUAAAGAAGAUGUUGAAUUGGCAGGAACUGGGCAGCAGUCAUUAUGUACAGAGAGUAAUUUAGUCAUCAAACAAGAGGACAACAUGUAUGCCUUAUCUAGUGAAAUAAAUAUCCCAGAGGAUAAACCACACACAUUUACUGGGUUUUCAAAACAUUUCAAAGAAGGGAAAAGUCUUCAGUCGAUCCAAAUUAUUCAUACAGAUAAGAAACCAUUCAAAUGUACAGAAUGUGAGAAAAUAUUCACAUGUAAUUUGCAUCUUCUUAAACACCACACAGUUCACACAGUUGUGAAACCUCACACGUGCACAGAAUGUGGGAGAUGUUUCACAUCUAAAGGAAGCCUUAGGUAUCACAAAAAGACCCACACAGGGGAGAAACCUUUCACAUGUAAUGAGUGUGGGAGAUGUUUUAUAUCCAAGAAAAAUCUCAUAUCUCAUGAAAAGACCCACACAGGGGAGAAACCUUUCAGAUGUAAUGAGUGUGGAAAAUGUUUUACACAAAUGAGUAGUCUGAAAAAUCAUGAAAGGAUUCACACAGGAGAAAAGCCUUUCACAUGUACAGAGUGUGGCAAAUGUUUUACACAAAUAACUAGUCUGAAAAAUCAUGAAAGGAUUCACACAGGAGAAAAGCUUUUCACAUGUACAGAGUGUGGAAAAGGUUUUACACGAAUGGAUCAUCUGAAAACUCAUGAAAUGAUUCACACAGGGAAAAAGCCUUUCACAUGUACAGAGUGUGGAAAAUGUUUUACAGAAAAGAGUCAUCUGAAAACUCAUGAAAGGAUUCACACAGGAGAAAAACCUUUCACAUGUACUGAGUGUGGAAAAAGUUUUACAAAAAAGAGUAGCCUGAAACAUCAUGAAAGGAUUCACACAGGAGAAAAUCCUUUCACAUGCAGAGAGUGUGGAAAAGGUUUUACACGAAUUGAUCAUCUGAAAAAUCAUGAAAGGAUUCACACAGGGGAAACCCCUUUCACAUGUACAGAGUGUGGAAACAGUUUUACAGAAAAAAGUAAUCUGAAAACUCAUGAAAGGAUUCACACAGGAGAAAAGCCUUUCACAUGUACAGAGUGUGGAAAAAGUUUUACACAAAUAAGUAGUCUGAAAUAUCAUGAAAGGAGUCACACAGGAGAAAAACCUUUCACAUGUACAGAGUGUGGAAACAGUUUUACAGAAAAGAGUCAUCUGAAAACUCAUGAAAGGAUUCACACAGGAGAAAAGCCUUUCACAUGUACAGAGUGUGGAAAAAGUUUUACACAAAUAAGUAGUCUGAAAUAUCAUGAAAGGAGUCACACAGGAGAAAAACCUUUCACUUGUACUGAGUGUGGAAAAAGUUUUACAAUCAAGAGGGAUCUAAAAAAUCAUGAAACGAUUCACACAGGAGAAAAACCUUUCGCAUGUACAGAGUGUGGAAAAUGUUUUACACGAAUGGAUUGUCUGAAAACUCAUGAAAGGAUUCACACAGGAGAAAAACCUUUCACGUGUACAGAGUGUGGAAAAGGAUUUACAGAAAAGAGUAGUCUGAAACAUCAUGAAAGGAUUCACACAGGAGAAACCCCUUUCACAUGUACAGUGUGUGGAAACAGUUUUACUGAAAAGAGUAGUCUGAAACAUCAUGAAAGGAUUCACACAGGAGAAAAGCCUUUCACAUGUACAGAGUGUGAAAAAAGUUUUACACAAAUGAGUACUCUGAAAUAUCAUGAAAGGAUUCACACAGGAGAAAAACCUUUCACAUGUACAGAGUGUGGAAAAUGUUUUACACGAAUUGAUCAUCUGAAAACUCAUGAAAGGAUUCACAAGGGAAGAAACCUUUCUCAUGUUUAGAAAGUAUAAAAAGGUUUUUAUUGAAAUCCGGUAUCACAAAACACCAAAUAUUUACUUACAAAAUAAACUUUAUAAGCACAAUGUGUAAACCUUUUAAAAAUGAUCCUAUUUUAAUUAAUACUUACUAAAUCCGAGAUAUAAAAGCCCCAGAUUGGAAGUGCUCUCCUGCUGUCCUUUGUUCCUCUAUAUCUGUGCGCCUCAGUUUCUCUCAUAUCAAUGAAUCCAAACACCACACAUGAAUAUACAAAUCUGUCCUCAUACUGACCAGCUUACACAAACAUUCACCAGCAAAGCACCCCCAGUGUUGUUUAUUAAUAUGCCAGUGUUAGGAGUUGUACGUUUAAUUUACUUAGGGGAGAAAAUAAUUACAUUUACAGAAUAAAGGAGUCUUUAUAUAAAUAGAGUGUUAGAAAAUUAUAUAAACAAGAAUAUCGGUCUCAAAUGAUUGACAUCUGGGGGAUAUAUUUAAUGUGCACAUCAUGUGUAUAAACCUUUUCGUAUAGCAAUAGAUGCUUUGCAUUGUACAUGUUAUAUACCAGAGGAAUUACUGAGGGGAAACUGACUUUAUUUAUGUUGAAAUUUCUUUUUAUUUUUGUUCCAUAAAACAAACAUAGGUAACACAUAUAAUAAUCCCUGUAGUUCCCAGUACAUCAUAUAUAAUUUAUAUUUUGAUAACAUUUACAGUCAUUACAAUGUUUUUAAAGCAUAAACAUUUUGAGUUCAUUUCUUGGACCUUUGUAUGUUGGCUUCAACGUAUUGCAGUAUAUUUGUAGUAGAGUCCUUCAGCUAUUUUUGAAAACCUAUUCAUAUACAUAUUGCAACCAUUUAACCUUGAACUCUUGUAUUAAGCAUUUGGGAUUAUCUCCUUCUUGUAUGAUCGUAGUGUUGCUAUAGGAACAUUUUCAUUUUUUCAUCUAGAAAUAUAUAUCAAACAAAUAAACUUACUAACUUUU